AUGUCCUUGAAAACGCUAUCUGCCUCUCUUCCACUUCUUUGGGCAAGUGUUACAGCCCUCCCAGCAGGACCUGGUAUCUGGGAAAACGGGACUACUUCUCACGUAUCUGAUGUCCAAACCUCGGCUGCGUACACCUUAAUCGAGACCUAUGAUGCAAGCAACUGGAACAGCAAGUUUGAUGUCCAGGCUAUCCCCGACCCUACACAUGGCUUCGUGGAGUAUGUCAAUGCGCAACAGGCGCAGCAACUAGGUCUACUCAAGACCCAGAACAACCAGGUAUACAUGGGAGUCGACUCAACUUCGCAAUUAGAUCCGAAUGGUCCCGGACGAAAAAGUGUCAGAAUACAGAGCAGGACAGCAUACAACCGUGCACUUAUUAUUGCAGACUUUGCCCAUGUUCCUGGUAGCAACUGCGGGUCAUGGCCUGCUUUCUGGAUGUUCGGUCCAAACUGGCCUAAUCAGGGAGAGCUAGAUAUCUACGAAGGUGUUCAUCUCAAUACCUACAAUCAAGUCACACUGCACACAUCUCCUGGUUGCACACCCUCUGUCGGACCCGAAGGGGAAACCGGCAGUCGCGUUGGCAACGCAGAUUGUGGAGCUGGUGGUGGCUUCAACGGGUGCGGUGUUCUCUCUAACUCGGCUACUUCCUAUGGGACUGCUUUCAAUGCCAAUGGCGGUGGUGUAUACGCCGCAUUGUGGACAUCAUCGGGCUUUAAGGUCUGGAAUUUCGCAACUCGGGAUGUGCCGGCCAAUAUCCGAAACGGUAACCCCGAUCCAAGCUCAUGGGGAGUGCCUACUGCAAACUUUGGUGGGGGAUGUGACUACAACAGCAAGUUUAGAGAUAUGAACAUUAUAUUCGACAUUACAUUCUGCGGUGACUGGGCGGGUGGUGUUUGGGGCCAGUCGACCUGCGCGCAGAUGAACCCAAGCUGCAAUGCAUACGUCGCCUCGCAGCCUCAGUCCUUCCAGGACUCGUACUGGCUCGUGAACUCGAUCAAGGUCUACAGUGUAUGA